AUGGCCGCUACCAGCGCAGCAGCAGCCUCAGCGCUCGCGUCGCCUGCGGCGCGUCCGCACCUCGCGGACCUUCGCUCGGCGGGCCAUUCCGUCGCAGCGGCCCCGCCGUGCGCCCUUUCGCUCAGAUCGCCGUCGGAUCGUUUUAACGCUGCGAGUGCGUCAGUUGCCCGCGACGUCGCACAGGUCGCCAGGCGAUCGGCCCGUCGAGCGACGUGGAUCGCCUCCGUGAACGGCGGGUCCGGCGGCCCCGUGUACAGCGAUGGCAACGAGAGCGACGACGCUGAGGACGUGGCAGUCAGCGACGAGUCCGUGCCGGAUGACAUUCUCGAAACGCUCGCCCAGUCAGCUGCUGCCACUCAAGCAGCAGCCACCAUUUCCGCGAGCCUUGAAGCGAACGCGAUUGCAGCCGGAGACUCCGCAGAAGAAGCGGCGGCCUUUGCGGCGGCGGAGGUGGCGGAGGCUGCAGCCCGCGCGCAGCAGCGGCAGCUGCGCGACCUGAAGCUGUGCCUGAUCGACUCGCUCUACGGCACGGAGCGCGGGUUCCGCGCUAGCGGGGAGACGCGCGCGGAGGUGGCGGAGCUGGUGGCGCAGCUGGAAGCCGCCAACCCCACCGAGGCGCCCACCGAGUCGCCCGCGCUCGACGGCAACUGGGUGCUCGUCUACACGUUCUCGGAGCUGCUACCGCUGCUGGCGGCGGGGCAGGUGCCGCUGGUGCGGGUGGGGGCCAUCACACAGAGCGUGGACCUGGCGGGGGGCGCCGUGAGCAACAGCAUCUCGUUUGAGGGGCCGCUCACCUCCUCCUCCAUCCGCGUGGACGCCACGGCUGAGAUCAGGAGCGGCAAGCGCCUGCAGGUCAGCUGUGCUGCUGGGUUUAGCAGUGUUGGCAGGGGACAUGCUGGUCAGGUGCUUCCGCUCACGACGCACCUGCUUCCCCCUCUUUUUCCUCCAUUCACUCUCACUCUCACCCUCUCCUCUCCCUCUCUCUGUUCUCUCCCCACCCGCACCACACCCUCAACCCCUCCCCACCACCAGGUGAAGUUCGAGCAGGUGACCUUCUCCUCGCCGCAGCCCCUCGACGCCGCCUCCCCACCCGCCCUCGCACCCAUCGCGCUAUUCGGCCAGACCCUAGACCUGUCCCCCCUGGCAGCAGCGCUGCAGCCGGUGCAGCAGGCGGCACUGGAGGUGGCGAAGCUGGUGUCGGGCGUGCCGCCCCUGGCGCUGCCCAUCGAUGGCGAGCGCGCAGCGGGGUGGCAGCUCAUCACAUACCUCGAUGAUGACUUCCGCAUCGCCCGGGGGGAUGCCGGGUCACUGUUUGUCAUGGUCAGGGAGGGCAGUGACCUGCUCGAGUGA